AUGCCAGCCCCCACAAUCCUUCGCGCCGGCGCCCUCGCUUCCCGGCGCGCAUUCAGCACCUCCCGCGCCGUCCGCAGCGGUGGUGCCCCGCACUACGACCCCCCCAGCGGCUGGCUCUUUGGCGUCAGGCCGGGCGAGGAGUACAAGAGGGAAGGGUGGGAGAUCCCCUUCUUUUAUGGGUUCUGCGGCAGCUUCGCUGUCGCUACGAUUGCGUAUGCUUUCAAGCCUGAUACUUCCAUCCAAACGUGGGCUCUCGAAGAGGCUCGUCGCCGACUAGAGGCCGAGGGUAUCCUCGAGGAUCCUCAUCCCGAGAAAUAA